AAAAAAAAAAAAAAACCUCUCUCCUCUGUUUCUUUAAUUACCAGAAAUCAGGGAGAAUUUGCUGGUUCUUGUCUUUCUCUUCUUCUAAACAGCAAAAUCCCAAGUUUUGUUAGUUUCUAAAGCCUCAAGAUAUAAAAAAAAGGAGCCAAAGAACAAAAAAGAUAAUCCAAAUAGAUUAGCCUCAUUAAUCAUUUUAGCCUUUUUUCAGCAGCUUUCUUUCAUUAUUUACUUUUUCAAUGUCAAACCUCUCUUCUGGAAAUAGUAGUGAUGAAACUCCUAACGUGCUGUCUAGUACAAGUGAUGGAUCUAGUGCUCUUCCUAAUAAUAAGAAAAGAAGGAAAUUACCUGGAAAUCCUGAUCCUAGUGCUGAAGUAAUUGCGUUAUCACCAAAAACUCUAAUGGCAACAAACAGGUUCAUCUGUGAAGUGUGCAAUAAAGGGUUCCAAAGGGAACAAAAUCUUCAAUUACACAGGAGAGGACACAAUUUACCAUGGAAACUAAAGCAAAAAACAAGCAAUGAAAUAAAAAAACGAGUUUAUAUUUGCCCAGAAAGUUCAUGUAUCCACCAUAAUCCUGCUCGUGCUCUUGGAGAUCUUACGGGAAUUAAGAAACAUUUUUCUCGUAAACAUGGUGAAAAGAAAUGGAAAUGUGACAAGUGCUCUAAAAAGUAUGCAGUGCAAUCUGACUGGAAAGCCCAUUUCAAAACUUGUGGCACAAAGGAGUACAAAUGUGACUGUGGUACCAUCUUCUCCAGGAGGGAUAGCUUUGUGACUCAUAGAGCCUUUUGUGAUGCUCUAGCUGAAGAAAACAACAAAGUAAACCAAGUUUUAGCUUCAACCACACAACCUUUAGCCACUGGCACUGCAGGCAGCACCCAAUUAGCCCAUGAACUUAUGUCAACUACUACUCACAUGUUGAACUUAUCACAAAUCAGAAAUCCAAACAUGAAAAUUCCUCAAAUGGUACCCUUAAACAUGGCAGGAAGCAUGUUUUCCUCUUCUUCUAGCUUUAAUCAGCUAGGCACAAAUUCGUCGAAUAUGUCAUCAGCAACAGCAUUGUUACAACAAGCAGCUCAAAUGGGUGCAACUGUGAGUAGUAACAUGAACUCCACAAUAAAUAUAGUGCAAAAAGGGCACCCUUCUCUGUUUAAUGGCAUGCAAUUUCCAAUUCAAAGUGAUCAUGAUCAAAAUCAAACACAAAUAGGGAGCACAUUGCAGGGAUUUGGUGGAUCUAUGUUACAAAAUAGCGGUGAUGAUCAUCAAAACUCAACAAGAUUAUUGCAGAUUGGUUUAUUUAGCCAAAAACAGAGGAUAUUGAAUAAGGAAGCUGGCCAUAGUAAUGAGGAAAGCUUGACUCUUGAUUUUCUUGGGAUAGGAGGAAUGAGACAAAGGAAUUUACAUGAAAUACAUCAGCAGCAGCAGCACCAGCAAGAAAUGAUUACUUUUGAACAGCAAAAAGUUAGUCACCAAAGUAUUCAAGAAGUGGACUCCAUGUGGGAUGAUUAAGAUAAUAGGGGCAUACAAAAUUUGAAGCUUAUGAAUUCGGGAUUCUAGUUUUUUUUUAUAGUUAUUGGGUUUUUAAUUAAUAAUUUGUACAUAUGUAAUGAAUUUUCCUCAAACAAAUACAUGAUUUGGACCAAAGUUAUUGAUUGA